CAUAUCACGAAUCACCCUGAUGACCAGAAGUGCAGAGUUUAGAGAUGGGUAGUGUUAGGGCGCUCACGUGAGUGGAAGGCCGUAUUGUUUCACGAUAAAUCAAACAUCGAACUCGCCUACGACUCACUUACUCCCAAACCUAAAUACGCACUCUUCGCUUUUGGAACAUUUUCGAACCAUCGAGCACCAAGAUCAAUUUUGAAUUCUUCGCGAUCGAGAUGGGUCUCUUCGGCCUCCCAUUUGUCGGACUCUGUGGCUUGGUCAAAGACGGUGUCGAAAAGUGAAUGAGUAGAAAGCCGGCGGAGUUUUCAGCCGAAACGGCCGGCUUUUGUACUCUACCGUCCGGAGCGAAAUACUCAAGUCAAUCGGAAAUAGAUGAGGCCCAGGAAGCCCCCAAAGUUACGAAUCAGACCAACACUCCGUCGAUCGAAACGACCAGCUCUCCUAUUGUAUCACCUAGAGUGAACAGGUCAAGACAAGUCGCUUUGAGAGAGGGCCAGGAAACCCCAGAAGUUUCUGACCACAUCAGAAUUCCCCAGAUCGAAAGGAUUGGAACACAACCCAUUACGCCAUUAGGUGGGCCAUCGAGCUGGGAGAUCAAAUUCGAUGGAAAUCUGCGCCCCAGCCUUCUCAUAAGGCUACUAGACGAGUUGCUGUUACUUAUCAUGCAAACACUGGAUACUGUCGACAUUUAUAUGCUACGCCAAGUGUCUUUCACCUUCUGGGGGAUCUAUCAAGGUAAAACGUUCGCUAAAUUUCACUGUAUCAAAAAGGAUGAUCAUAUUCGAGUAAGAUUGUUGCAUUCGAGGAUGACGGGGAAGAUAUCUACAAACAAGGAGACAAGACUGCGGGUAAAGGAAACUGGAUUUUGCGUCGCCUGUUCAACUCGGAGGAAGAUGCCCGACUUCUCCAGAUCAUGCUGGCUUUUCUACUGCAGCAAAUUUCUAUUCUGCUCCGAGUGCGGACACCGGCACCCGAAGUUGCAUUUUUCUUAUCACCAAAGAAAUCAACCCUCCGAAACAUGCAGGUGUAUUGGCUCUGAAGGGGUGGCUCGACUUUGCCCCCAUAUCGCGGUGUCACCAUCCUCACUCCGCCGGGCAAUCAAGAACGAAGAAGGAGUUGACACCGCCCUACUGAAGAUGGGAGAUAGAUUUUGCUUCGCGCGGUGCAAAGAUUGCAGAGACAUAGCUUCUUCGGUGCUAGCAAAGUACGACCCCACUGAUAUGGUUUCUUUCACUCCAUGGUACGCCCCUCGAGUAAUACUCAAGACAUGUGUACCAAGUCGACCAUGACAUGGGAAUGGAGAUUUUAAACACUCUUUGGGUCUCCAUUGGUGUCUGCCAGUCUUUCGUGUGACUGAGAAGGAACAAGUCACAGAUAUUCGUCUCUACCAAGAGCUGAGAGCAUUUGGUCAAGAGUUUGGCGACCUACUUUGCCCACAUGUCACUUAUAAC